AUGCCAAUGUCCGAGACCAUGUUGUACGACGCGAAGCUCUCCGAACUAUUACGCAAGCCUGGGCAUCCCCGUGCAAGACAAGUAAAUAGGCAGACGCUCUUAUCACCGACGCUUCUUCUUUUCUCUUUGUUCUUCUUCCCCGGUGUUGUGAUCAUGUCGUGGCGUUCCAAAAGGCCAAUCUCGUCUCACCCUGUCCAAGCCCGACCCUCGCACCUUUGGGGUCGCCUCGCAUCUUGA